ACCUGAACGGAGGAAGUAAAAUAGCAGCUGCCGCGAAGUAAAAAUUCGAUCUUUCUCUCUCGAGUCGACCGGCUCCUUCAGGUUAACCACCGCAUCCUUUCUCCUCCGGCCGCUGUACCUUCCUUCCAUCCGCAUGUUGGUCUACCGCCAUGGAGACCCGCAGCAAACGACUUCGAAGGUUGUCAGAAGUGAACCAUAUCGACAAACUCGGAGACGAUCUCCUCGCGGAUAUUCUGAUUCGGUGCCUCCCGUGCCCUAGAUCCGCCUGCCGCUGCAAAACCGUCUGCAGGCGUUGGAGAUCCCUGAUCUCCAGUCCCAGCUUUAAUCUGGGUUUCGUUUCCUACCACCAGAACAGGAACGAAUCGCCGCCUCUGCAACUUCACACGCACGAUCCGCAAUUGAUCAUCAGCUUCAUGCCUCGCCUUGAGUUUCGAGUACAAUUCAACUUGAAAGUCUUGGAUUGCUUCAAGGACUUGCUUUUAUGCGGGUUUAUGGCCUUAGAUUACAACAAUCCCGAACUCAGCAGAACGUUCGUGGUCUGCAAUCCGUUUAAGGAGCAGUGGUUGGCCCUCCCAAUAGCGCCUAAGAAGCCAAGGCCGUAUGCAGGAUCGACUGCAAGGUUAGUCUGUGAACCACGCAUCUCUUAUAAUCUUGAUCUAGGAGAUUACCAAUCAUUUGUUUAUUCUGAGUAUCGGUUCCGGGUGGUUAUCUUAUACCAAAAUGAGAAUUCGAUAAAACUAGACGUGUUUUGUUCCGAGUCGGGCGAAUGGACAGGGGAGGCUAUUGUUAUUGAUGGUGUGAAACUCCUUAGCAUGAAUGUGGUUUCGUUCCACGGGGAGAUGUUUUGGAUGUAUGCUAGAGCACUAAAGGUAGAUGAUGGCCUGUACAAUCGUUUGUUGGCGGUGUUUAAUCCAUUCCGGCUUGAUAUACCUCCCACUUCGAUUGAUACGUCUACACUGUUUGAGAGUUCGAGGUGGGAUAUUUCGGUCUCACAAGAUGCUUUGCACGUAACUGCAUUUAGAGAGAAUCCUGAUCCGCCACCGGGUUGUUCAGUGGUCGUCUCGAGUGUUUGGAGACUGGAACGAGACCGUAAAUCUUGGACUAAACUAUUUGAAGGGUUGUUGAAGACGCCAAGGUCCAAGUGUGGCCCUUUGAAGGGUCCAUUUCUCGGUCUGCAUCCAGAGAAGAUGGAAAUUGCCUUGUUCGAAUGUACUACUCAGGAUCCGGUUGCUGUCUUCUCCUGCGACUUGAGGACGGGGGAGCUAGAGUUCGUUGCUGAACUAAUACUACGUUUACCUCGUUUUAUUUUGUUCCUGCCUAGGUUCCUUUGUUGGCCUACUCCAGUUCCUAGGUACAAGGAACUGCGAGGCAGGUACAAUGGAACUCACAGCUGUUUGACUCAGAGCACCGAGGCAACAACUUCUCCAGGCACUGAUGAGGGACUUGCACAAUUUGGUCAUAGGAGAAAGGAGAACAGAUCAGCACACCACAGGUAUCAUGGUAAGAAGCGGAAAUGUUGGUGCAAGACUUGCUAGUGUGCUAAGCAGGAUGAUAUCAUUCUUUCUAUAUAUAAAAGCUGGGUACGCUUUUGCCCCGUUUCUGUAGCACUUUCUGUCUUCUAGCGCAUAUCAAAGCUUUUGUGAGAAAUCUUCCCCACCCAACUGCUUUCCCUCAUCAGUUCUUCCCCAAAUCCAGCUGACGACCAUGCCGCUCACACUACGGCCAGUACGCCAUUGCUGUGGUUGCCCCUUAUUGCAAUUGUCGUACCAUCCUUCCAUCAAUUCUCUUCACCACGCCACUGCUGAGCAGGGACUCUGCACUCAACCGGUACAGCUCUUGGCUUCUAGGCUCUAGCCCAAUUGAUUGCUUUACCUGUCCUCUCCAAAUCGAUUGCUUUUCCUCUCCUUUGCAGCACUCCAAUACCCAUACCUCUCUCCGUCAUUCUUCUUUCCCGACCCAAUCCCCCAUUCCACCUCAUAAGCGGCAGAACCUUUACUCAAUUGUCCUUUCCUUUUCUUCUUCUCUCUUCUCUGUUAACACUUCUACGAUUGAAUCCCAAGCUGGCCGGCCGUAGCUCCAAUCUCCAUCAAGGUUACAGCAAGUCAGCAACUACAUCAGGUAUUCAUUUAUUUCCUUCAUUUGGUUUGGCCAGAGUUGAUUUGGCGGGGUUUCUCUCCUUCGUCUGGGUUUGGUCGUUCCGGGAUGGACGAAUCAUCAGUCCAAGAUGAUUCUUUUUUUUUUUCUUUCUAAUAGAUUUCCCUUUCUAUUUUGCCAGAGUUGCUUGGACAGGUUCCCUAUCACUACUCUCGACCCGCUUCUUCUAGAUUUCUGAUUUCGUGCUCGAGCCUGGGCUAUGGGGAUGAACAAUCGUAUUGGUCGGAACUGACGGAUGAUCAUGGAUUGUAGGCAAGAAGUUGAAUCAUUUGAUCCUGAUUAGUAAGCAUCCUAAUUUCUUCUACUUUGUAUUAAUUUCUUAAGCUUUCCCGUUAACAAUAGGAGGAACACCUCUCUCCCUGUUACUCUCUGAUAUUUUCGGCCAUUUUCACAGACCCAACCCUGUUACUCUCUUUUACAGAGAAUAGAUCUUUCUGGCAAAGAGAAAAUCCAUUCAUGGGUGUUAGUUCAAGAUUGGACUCGGACCGGUGCGCUUUUGACUGCUGGAUUUGAUUCAGUGCCAUCUGAACUCAGAAUUCCAUUUUUUUCCAUAUCGCAGGUAUUUUGUUGUGAAUGCAACAGAUGCAUGUUCUUCUCUUCUACUAGCUGUAACAUGUAUGUGCUAUCGGGCUUCCAACAUUAGAGAGGUUGCUGUUUAUAUGCAGUUGGAGUCUCUUAUUUAGUGUUUAAGUGGUUGCGGUUUGCCGAGACCGACCCACACCAAUUUUGAAGCAGCGACAGCGGGGGAAGAAGAGGCAUCAGAGGCGGAAAAUCCCAAGUUGAGUCUCCUGCAAAUCGAGGUAGAUGGAGGGAGAAAGCAUCGAGAGGAGGGGAGACUGAAGAGGGAGGAAGGACAGUGGCAGCGGCAGGGCGACGACGAUUGGAGAAGGAAGGGUGGGUCGGGAUCUCGCUGUUGACCGCCGAGGAUGAGGAAGGCAAGGCGGCGACCAUCGAGGAACAUGCAAUGGGAAGCGAAGACGGCAACGAGGUGGGUGGAUCUGCUUACGCUGACUCCUUCCGCAGCAGCGAGCCGACGACCUCUUUCGACAAGGAAGGAGUGGGUGAAGUCAGGCGGGGGCGAUUGAGGCGAAGAAGUCGACGGCGAGUGACGAUUGAGGAUGGUGGUGGCUGCCGAGGAACAUCGGUAGAGAGCGGAGAUUGAGAAUGGUGAUGGGCUGGUGGCUGCGGAUUGGAAAAGGGUAGAGAGGGGCGAGCCGAGAGGAGAGGGAGAGAUUGAGGAUGGUGGUGGCUGGCGAUUGGGAUUCCCAAUUUGGGAAAAAGGUGGUGAGGGGCGAGCCGAGAGGAGAGGGAGAUGGUGAUUGAAGGGAUUUGGAGAAGGGACGUCAAGAUCGGGCGGGGCGAUUGAAGAUGGAACUGGACAAGGAAGGAAGGAGAGAGAGCGCCGAGUGAAGAAGGAGAGGUUUGGAGUCCAGGGAGAGGCAGAGUGGCGAUGGUGAGAGCAGAGAGGGAGAGUCUCGAGAGGUUUUUGCGGUUUUGGCGGUGCACCGAGAUUAUAUCGGUGUGCAACCGUCGGUUGCCAGUUAGCAAAAAUCCCCAAAACAGCCAACCGAAGCCGACACCGAAUCACUAUUUUCGAUUAUCGGUUCGGUGAAUAACCGUGGUUUUUCGGUUCGGGUUUCGGUUUAACCUAAAAACCGCCAACCGAUUAACACCCCUACUCCUAGUACUGCCAAUUCAGAUAGUAAAGUGCAAUUAGUACGUAGGGUACCUAUAGCAACUCUACCAAAAUUACUCCAACUUCAAAUACCAAGACAACAAGAAUUCCCAAGGAGUUCAACUUCCAGAGUUUUGACUCAAACGUAAAAAUCCUUCCAAAACAACAAUAAAUCCCAGGAGUUCAA